AGGCCGCUUGCGUGUACGAAAACCCCCAAAUUUUCUUCCCAGAAAGAAACCCGAUGGCGUCGCCGCCGGCGGCCGCGCCGCCUGAGUGGGUUGUAUUGGACCGCUUACCGCUCACCUCCAUCGACCUCCCUAAGGACGGCAUCUCCCUCUCGCUCGUCGCAACCCCGCGCAUCUCGCAGCUCCUCGUGUCCCCUUCGCUCGGCCUCGCCUCAGGCAGCGUCCUCGCCGCUGACCCCUCCGGCAUCCUUCUCCUUUCCAGCUCCGAUCCGUUUCUUGCCGACAGCAAGUCCUACGUUCUCUGGGACGCAGUCUACAAGAUUUCCUUUCCCGUCCCCGCCACCCCCACCGAGACAGGCGCCGCCACUGGCCUCGUCGUGGUUCCCGGAGGAUCCGACCACAUCUACAUCAUGGUCGCGGAGCUCUCGAUCCGUGGCAGCGACGUCAUCCUGCGCUGCUUCUCCACAGACCCUGCCAAGUGGAUCCACAAGAUUCUACAACAACCCCCUCAGUAUAAGCUCCUGUGGUGUUGGUGUAGUGACUAUGCUCUCUCUCACCAGGGGAGGCUCUGGUGGGUAGAUCUCCUGCAGGGCCUCGUUGCUUGCGAUCCCUUCUCUGACAAUCCAGAGCUUCACUUCGUGCCGCUCCCAAGCUGUUGCCGCAACCCCAAUGUGCAGCAGAGCUGUCGCAUGGGUCUGAGUGACAAUCGCCGUGUGGGUCUCAGCCGUGGGAAGCUGCGGUUGGUGGUGCUAAGCCACGCCUCUAACUCUAAGUCCAGGAUCAGAUUAUGGACAUUGGCUGAUUCUGAGGCUGGCCAUUGGACUUUGGACUUCGAUUUGUCCAGUCCUGUAUUUGAUGACAUCUGGACUGACUUGUGUGAUUGGAAGAUUGCCUUCUUCCACCCCAGCAAACCACACGUGGUCUACUUCUCCCAGAAGCAGCAUCUAGUUGCCGUGGACCUGCAGAUGGUUAAGGUUUCAGAGGAAGAUGGUGUUGAGCCUUGCAGCAGCAGCCAUGUUCUUGCUUGGGAGCUCUCACCGUCCCUAAGAACCACUUUGUUAGUGGCAGGUCCAUCGCCAGCACAAGAUACAAAUUCCACCUCCCAUUUUGAUAGUGUUGCCAAUUCUUUCCUUGAGGCAUACAGCUCUGCACUAGUUGACAUGGAGUUUCACCAGUUAGCAACAACUGCACUUGCAUCGCUUAACAAAGAAAAGAAGAGAACGGAGGAAAACAAGUUCAAGCUAUCUGAACGCCUUCUUCUGCAAACCUUUCUGGACCAAACUGAAACAAGCUUGAAGAAAUAUGCCCAUCUGAACUUCUAUGCUGGCACUGGCUCUGAAAAAGUUCUAGUAUUUGCUGAGUUUCACACAGACGCCGUGGGUGACAAUGAGCCCGAUGAGUGGGGCUUAUCUUCAUGCAAACUGUUAAGAAAGAAUUAUCAAGGUGGCCUAUAUGGUGAAGAUGCUGAUCGGCGACUAAGCAUGAGGGCAAAUAAGAGGAAGAAAUCUAUUUAUUGUUUUGCAUGUGCUGCUGAAAUGUUGCAUCCCAUCAAUGGCUUUGAUGGUGGUUAUGCUGGUAUGAGCGUAACCAGGGGCGUGGGUGCUGGGGACUCUCAAGCAGGAGGAGGAGAGAGGAGGAGAAGUGAGAGGAGAGAAGUGAGGGGGAAGAGUGUAACACCUGCGCACCCACUGACUGAACCAGAGGAGUUGAAGCAGAGUAAAACAGAGCAAGGCGGCAAGAAGAAAUACGCUUUCAGCUUUAGAAAACAUAAUAUGUUUAGAUGAAUGACUUGUGGGGCUAGAGGCCAGCUGUAUGGCGAGGGAGGUUAAAAACCCCGUGAUACUAUAUCUGUUCGACAAUUACUUCUCUGUUUCAUAUUAUUAAUCGUUUGAAUUUUUGAGAUUGAAAGUUUCAUUAAAUUUGAGAUUGAAUAUA